CCCUGGUUUUUUGUUGGUAUGGUAUGGACGGUCACACUGAUUAUACAAGCAAACUAGUGGAAUUGAAGCCAAAUUGACGCGAAAAAAUGCUAUAGGGACAGCGGUGUACUAUGCGACCAUAUAAAUAUCUAAGAUUACAUACGGAAAAAUGGAAGCAAUAUCGAAGAUUCCCCUGAUAUUGUUCGUCGUCGUUGUGGUUGCCGCUGCCUCCCAGCCUGGAUCUGGAUAUGCAUCUGGGGCUGGCAGCAGCAGCUGCCUCAUCACCUACAGCAGCAAUGUAAAUGCGGCUGUAGCCCAACAGGAACACCAUCUACAGCCACACCAAACGCAGAUCAAGGCCAGGACCCGGUCCUGGCAGGAGCACGAGUUCUCGCUAUUGGGCUACAAAUUCCAUCUGCCAUUUGUGGGGCAUGCGGUGGACGCGGAUCUAGAUGAUAGUGACAGUGAUGGGGGCUUGUGGCUGGAUGAGCUGGAUGAUGCCAAUGAGGCCACAGAGGAGAUGGAAGAGCACGUGCUGGACAGCAGUGUAGCAGUAGCCAAUCUGUUGGCCGACAACGUGUUCAAGCUGAGGUGCCAGCAUGUCGGCCUUGCGAGCGUCAAUCGGGAGCUGUUGUCCAGAAGGAAUGCCAACAUCAACUAUCAGCAGCUAAUGCUUGACCAUGUGCCUGCGGAUGAUCGGGUGCAGCUGCAACAGCUGCAGCUGCAGCAGUUCGAGAACAUCAAAGAGUUGUCCUGGCUGGAGAGCGGACUCCGCGAUGAUCCACUGAGGGAGCUGCUGGUCGUCAAGGGGCAGCCGCACCGUUUCGACCAGAUGGAGCGUCUGGAUCUCAGCGAGAAUCGUUUGGAGUGCCUCAACUGGGCCAUGCCGCAGGCCAUGCAACGCCUUAAAGUACUUAAGAUGAGCGGAAACCUUCUGGACAACAACUGCAGUCUGAUCAAUCUGCAGCAUAUGGGUCAUCUGCAGGAGUUGCAUUUGGACAGGAAUGGCUUCAGGCUGCUGCCGCAGCACUUCCUGGCCCAAUUGAACGAAUUGCGGCUGCUCAAUCUCAGCCAGAAUCGUCUGGCAGAGCUGCCACGCAACAUAUUCGAAGGUGGUGUGCAGCUGGAGAGGCUCUAUUUGUCCAAAAACCAGCUGAGCGUGCUGCCGUUUCAGCUCUUCCAGACGGCACGUGACCUCCAAAUGCUGGACCUCAGCGACAAUCGGCUGCUCUCCUUCCCGGACAACUUCUUUGCACGGAACGGACAACUGCGACAGCUGCAUCUGCAGCGGAAUCAGCUGAGAUCCCUGGGCAAGCACAGCCUGUACAAUCUAAGGGAGCUUCGGCAGCUAGAUCUCUCACAGAACAGCCUGGCCAGCAUCGAUCGCAAGGCGUUCGAGUCACUGGGCCAACUCCUGGCCCUCAACAUCUCGGGCAACAACCUCACGACACUGUCCUCCAUCAUCUUCCAGCCGCUGCAUGCCCUCAGGCAAAUGGAUCUCAGUCGGAACCAGUUUAAGCAGCUGCCGAGCGGUGUCUUCCAGAAUCAGCGGGCUCUGGCCCUGCUGCGUAUCGAUGACACACCAAUCGAGCAUUUCACCAACUGGAUAUCCCGCACCGAUGAGUCGCUGGUGGAUCCAGAGAUACUGCAUCGGUUGCGAUAUUUGUCGCUGCAGCAGAAUCCCCAGCUUACGGAUCUUCCCGAGACGCUGUUUGCCAAUGCCCGCAAUCUGCGGGAAUUGCUGCUGGCCGAGAAUGGUCUGCUCCAGCUGCCAGCGCAGAUCUCGGGCCUGUCGCGGCUGCAGCGUCUCAGCUUGCGUGGCAAUCGUUUGAUCUCCCUGCCCGAGGGCCUCAAGGAGCUCAGCCAUCUGCACUACCUCAAUAUACUUGGCAAUGAGUAUCAAUGCGACUGCAGCAUGUACUGGCUGACUGCCUGGCUAGCCAAUUCCAGCACCAGCCUGCGCAGGCUGCCCGCCACGCAUCAGAGCCAGACGCCGCUGGACUCUUACGAGAGCAUUGAUGACCAGAUCGAUGCGUUGAAGUGUCAGUACGGCUAUCCCGGGGACAUGCUGCGUGUCCUCAGCAAUCUAAACUGUACCGUGCCCGUGGCCGUGCAGUCUUCCGAGCCGAAGAUGCAUCUACUGCUGACCACCGCCAAGUUAGAGUGCAUGAUAACAGGCAGCCCAGUGCCAGAUAUUAUUUGGCUGACGCCACGCAAUAAGAUCUUGCGCCAUCAUGCCGAUCCCGACAAGCGACCCAUAAUCAUUGAGAGCAAUGAGGAGGAGCGCCGCCUGCCGCCCAGCGCUAAAGAGCUGGCUGCCUUGAUGGACGAGAGCUACAUUCAGUCCAUGAAUUUUACGCGACAACAGAGCCUGGUCGGACGCCAUGUGGUGCUGAUGGAGAACGGAUCGCUGCUGGUGCACAAUAUCUCGCGGGUGGACAGCGGCCUCUACACAUGCUAUGCCUUCAAUGUGAUGGGCAAAGCCUCGGCAGGCAUACGAUUGUAUAUCGAUCCGAUAGUGUUCUAUCGGGUGAAGAUUGGCAGCCUGAUUACGGGGGCCGCUUCGGCUGCAGCCUUUCUGCUGCUCACCCUCAUAGUUCAGGGUCUGCGGAGCUGCCUCUCGCGCUGGGGCAUAUGUGAUCGAUUUUAUUGCUGUGCCAAUCGCAACAAAAAGUCGCCGCGGGCGCGUCAAAUCUAUGCGAUGCUCGACAACAUCGAGAGCUACAAGAGCCAGCAGCUGGAAAGACUGAGGGAGAACUAUGCCCAGCAGGUGCAUCGCAUUCGCGAGAACUGUGCGCAGCAGGUCGAAUGGAUAUCGAGCAGCUACACCUCUCAGGCGAAGCACAUCAAAGAGUUUCGUGACAUUGGCUCUAAUCAUUUGACGGCGCUGAAGGAUCAGUACUACGAUCAGGUAAAGAAGGUGCGCGACUAUUCCACGGGGCAGCUGAGCUGGGUGCGAGAGAACUAUGUCUUCCAGCGUAACAAGAUCCGGAAGUUCAGUGCCCAUCAAGUGCUGCGUCUGCGGGAGGGUUACAAGUACCAGCAGCAGAGUAUCAACAAGGUCCUGGAGAAUUUGCCCAGUUUUUACUUUGAGAAUUGUCGCGCAGGCUGUGAUGAGGAUAUUGCCGAGGACAUAGACUGCUAUUUCAAGAGCCAAUUGGAGCUGGCUGGCUCAAGGGAGCUGAGUAUACAAAAAAUCAAAUUACGUUUGGCCGCGAACAAUGCCGCCAGCAGGGCAUCAAUUUACUACACACCACCGGACGAUGAUGAUCUGCUGCGCUUGUCGCAUCUAAAUCUCCAGCAUACACCGAUUCACAUCAACUACAUUGAUGAGAAUCUCGAUCAGCAGAAGCAGCUGGAACAUGACUUCAAAAUGGAUCCACAUCUGCUGUUGUUCGAUGCGUCCCGUCUUUACCUGAAUCCCGAGGGGGCCAGCAGCAGUGGCCAGGCAGCUGCCAUGGCGGCUGCCCUUGCUUUGGCCCAAUGCAGCAGCAUUGAGGACAACAAUCAGGAACAGGAAGACGAAAUGCAGCCUUUGACGCAGAUCAACCGACUCGAUCUGGCAGACUCGAAUGAUGUCAAGAACUCCAAAUCGUGUCCGGCCAUCUAUAAGGUGUCCAAGCAGCGGGAUGGCAGCACGUUGCACGAGCUGCUGACCACGGACGGUGUGCCGCAUCAGAUGCUGCGCCUGAAUCCAGUCGAAAGCACGUUGGCCAUGCAACCGCGAAAAGAGAAGCUGAACAUUAUACUGGACGAAUGUGGCAAGGCUUCGCUAUGCAAAGUCGAGCAGCAGAAGACGAAUGAAGCGAAUGAAGGGCCUCCCGGUAUUGACACACCGCCAUCGGUUUCCACUUGCGACUCCAAUAGCCUAGCUGGCAGUUGCAGUGAUGUUUGCCCAUCGCCCAGCAAGCUGGACAAUGCCACACGGUUGCUUCCACCACAAUCAUCAUCAUCAACUGCUUCUCCACUCCAUGCAGUAGCUGCCGAAACUUAGAGAUUCUUUUUUAUAAAUAUUAUUUGUAUGCCUAACAACAAACAAAACAAACAAGGACGAAGUAUGAAUAGAAACGACGAUAAAUGGAUGCAAAAACACAUAUGCAAAUGAAAGUUAAUGUUAAAUGAUAUGAUAAUGGUAAAUACUAAAUACUAAAUACACGUAUGUACAUUUGUAAGGCAGCAAACACAAUAAUUACGUUUAGAAUUAAUUAGCGAAACUUAAUGAAUUCAACAAGCUGAACAUUCAAAGGUCUUUCAAGCACACAGCGAGAACAAAAGUAAAAAAUAAACAAAACAAAAAAAAACACACACAUUAGCGAUUAUAUACCCAAACAACCUACUUUUAUGCCUGAAAUUAAAGAAUUUUUGAAGCUACCUCUUGCUAAGGUAUUAUCAGCUCAUGUCAAUAAUACUUGAAAAGAAAGCCUCUACCCCCCCGCCCCCAUUUGUGAUUUCAUUCUACAUUUACGAAUACGAGUAUAUACAGCAUACAAUUUAUAAA